AUGAAAGUUCGAACGGCCAUCAAACGAUUGUGCGAGGCGUGCAGGAUAGUCAAACGACGCGGUCGAUUAUACGUCGUCUGCUCGAAAGUACCAAAACACAAACAACGACAAGGUUUAGUGACCGAAACUUCACCGGCGACGAUUCAGAACGCUCACGAAGAAGAAGAAGAAGGUGGAAGGAGAGGAUACGGCAAUACGAAUAACAAUAGCGGUACGAGUAGUCUAGCAGAAGAGGAGUGCUGCGCGGAGACGAGGAGAACGUUCCUUGGGUUCCUGGAUCAUCGUCGUCACGCUGAAUCGACUUUUCCGUCUCGCAGUUUAGCCGGCGUCGCAUCCUCGAAUUCGACGACGACGAGUUUUUUACCGUGGUUGGUAAAAUAG